AUGAUUUUAGCUGAUGUACAAGAAGAAAUAGAUUGUUUAUACGAGUUUGUACCUGAAGUAGCAGAACAUUUUAUAGUUUUAAACAAAAUAGGUGAAGGAACAUUUAGUUCAGUAUUUUUAGCCAGGUUAAAGUUGUAUCCUGAUGUAGAAGAGAAGUUUGCGUUAAAACAUAUAAUACCCACCAGCCAUCCUUCACGUAUUGAAGGUGAAUUGAAAUGUCUACAAGAAAUAGGUGGAUGUGACAAUGUAAUGGGAGUAGAAUUAUGUCUACGUAACAGAGACCAUGUAGUUAUAGUCAUGCCUUAUUUUAAACAUGAAAAAUUUCAGGACUAUGUUAUGAAUUUAAGUAGAUUAGAAGUAAAGAAUUAUAUGAAGAAUUUAUUACUAUCUUUACGACGUGUUCAUCAGUUUGAUAUUAUACAUAGAGACGUUAAACCUUCUAAUUUCUUAUAUAAUAGACAGACUAAUCAGUAUGCACUGGUAGAUUUUGGUCUGGCUCAUAAAGCUCCUGGGGAAUCAAAACAAAACAGUGGAGAUAUACAGAGUAAAAAGUCAUGUGACAGUUGGUCAAACAAGCCAUAUACUCCUCCCACACCUAAUAUGGACUCAAUAUCAUUUACUAAGAACGUUAAAUCACCUCGAAGAUAUCUGCUAGCUAAACGAGCCUUGAUGGUGAAAGAUAAAGAUGUUCCCAGUCGACCGAGAAACACCUCGACCAGUGCUGUUAUGAUGUCUAAUAAUCCUUACACGUGUCAAUGUGCUGGCCAGCCUAUGAUUUGUAGUAUCUGUACUGGUAGAAGUAAUCAGGCGGCACCGAGAGCUGGUACUCCUGGUUUUAGAUCACCUGAAGUUUUAAUGAAAUAUCCUGAUCAGACCACAGCUGUAGAUAUUUGGUCAGCUGGAGUAAUAUUUCUAUCAUUAUUAAGUGGUAGAUACCCGUUUUUUCGUGCCAAUGAUGAUCUGACGGCCCUGGCUCAGAUUAUCAGUAUUAUGGGUAGUGAAGAAGUCAAAACAGCAGCUAAAUCUUUUGGAAAAUCGUUAAUCUGUAACCCAUCAACACCGCCAUUACAUCUCCGUACAUUAUGUCAUAAACUACGUACAGCAGCGCCCUCUAGGUCAACUAAAUAUCGUAGAAUAGAUAUCUCACAAAAUAAAGAAAACUUAAAAGAUUGGGAAAAUAUAUCUGAUCAAGCUUUUAGUUUGUUAUUUAGACUCUUAGACUUGAACCCUAAAACUAGAAUAACUGCUGAAGAAGCCUUGAAACAUCCAUUUUUUGACAGUGCCAGUGAAAGCUGA